UACAGAAAUAGACCAGCCUGUCUGCUCUGAUAAGAUCUUCGAUGCAUACCCUGAAGCUGUCAACAUAGAUCCUCCUCGGAGCAUAAUUGCAAAAUAUAGCCAUUUUGUUUUAUCUACUAUGACAGAUCUGUGCAUGGGAAUUCAAUUGCUCUUCAUAGACAUAUCGGUCACCAUCUCCUUUCUUCGAAAACCACUCUAUGGACGAAAGCUUACUACAACGGAAAGGAAGAAGAUUUUUCAAACAUUCAUCGAUGUCAUUUGCGUCAUUCCGUUGGUGGUACUAAUGCUACUUCCUGUGACUGCCAUUGGUUAUGUCAUUAUCUUAGCAAUAAUCAAGAAACUCAUGCCGAAUUUGGUCCCUUCUUCAUUUUCAACAGAAAGAUUGGAUGUCAUAAAGCAAUUGACAAGAGCUAAGAAGAUGAAAGGACACCCAUCUUGUGGCCAUGUUAGCUGAAAUGUUGCAAAUAGUUAAACAUAUUUCUCUUUG